UGUGUACACUUCCAUCCUGUGUCAAAGUGACAGAGCUUUACACCAGGAGUUAUCUUUUUGAAUACAAUCUAAAAAUGCUUUAGCACCAUUUAAAAAAUAUAGAGCUUGUACACUGGACUUCACUUCAGAGCAAUGGAUUUAUUACAACAUAACAGAACCAACAGUUGUUAAACUAAGUUCAUAUUUCUUCACAAAGAGAAGGAAUGUGGACAGGUGGUUGGCAUGGAUUCAGAGUCCCAGCUACUCGACCUAAGGACUGGCGGUGAAACAGACACCACAUAUUGUGAUGACUCUAUGCAACAACAUGAGACAUCAAUUGAUGCUGGCUUCAGUGCCUCCUGCUUGACCACUGGAGAGCUUCAGCAACAUUGGAGAGCAGUGAAACAAAAUAUUAGAUCCAUUAAAGUCCUUUUUGAGAUCCCGUCUGCUCGUAUUGUAGAGCAUGCCUCUUCUCGAUAUGUGGUGUACCAGAUAGCGGUGAUCAGAUCUGGCAGUUAUGACUGCAAGCAUGUGGCCAUCGAGCGCCGCUACUCAGACUUCUUACACCUCCACCAGCAGCUGCUGCAGGACUUCAGUGAGGAGCUGGAGGAGGUCACCCUGCCCAAGAAGAAGCUAGUAAGGAACUUCUCUGAGGAAAACAUUGCUGAGCGCCGCGUGGCCCUUUGUGACUACCUUACUCAGCUCUACGCCCGCUGCUAUGUCCGCCGCUCACCCACAUUCAUUGCAUUUUUCACCCACCCCGAACUGAAGAUCUCCUACGAUCUGCUCCGUGGAGGCCGUUUCUCCCAUGCCCUGGAGGCCCUGCAGAGUGUGCUUGUACUUCAGGAAAAACUGUCCAUUCAUGAUCCAGCUCUGCUUGUGCCCACCAUGUGUGCACUAGUGGUGUGCCAUAGGGACCUGGGGAAUUUGGACAGAGCUUUCCAAACUGGCCACAGGGCCCUGCCAACAAUGAGGCGCUAUGGCUUAUGCAGGUAUCAUGGCCCCCUAUUGGAGGCCAUGGUGGACCUGGGGUAUCAGUUAGCAAACCCUGUGGCUCAGUUGCAAGAUGAGCUAAUCAAGAUGCAAAACUCACCGCAUGGACCAGUGUCAAUGGUGACACUAAAAGAGCUUGUGGUGCAAGAAUUUACAUGAUCCCAUUAAAAACAUAUGUAGCGGGUUCUAUUGGGCAAUCUCCUUCAAAUCAGUACAUUCAAUAUCAAUUCAAUUUAAAUAGUUGAAUCCAUCGGUAGUCUUACCAUUAUUUCAGUCAUAAUAACUUGUGGUUUUCAUAAGAUACAUAAUCAACCUGGUCUUUUAUGUCAGCACUAUGUAAAAUGUUUUUAUACAUUUGAUUAUUCUAAGGAACUAGGAAAGAUUUUGUACCUGAACUUUAUUUAAAACAACCUGUACCAUAAAACUAAUGUUGCUUUUUGUUGCUGUAAUUUAUAACUUAUAGAACUUUCAACAUUUGACGUUUUAUAUGUAUGACAUAUAUUAUGUUAUAUAUAUUUGGCUGUACACCACCGCCAAGUUUUCAAAAACAGAUUAAAAAAAUUUUUUGCUAAA